CCACACCAUAAAUAAAUAAAACUAUAAAAAGCAUUCAUUUCCCUUAUUUUUUCUCUUCAAAAAAUUAAAAUAAAAAAAUAAUGUUCAUCUUUUAAUUAGUCCAUUUUAUUACAUCUCAAUCCCAAUCUCAAUCUCUGUAUUCAGAUUUCACUCUUUUUCACAGCUACAUCGAUCGAAUUAGAAUAUGUCAGGCAUGGAAGGUGUGAACGAUGAGGAAAUUAAAACUACUUCAAUGCCUUCAUCUCAAGAAGAGGAACAAGCUGUAAAGAAGAAAUAUGGAGGAAUCGUCCCAAAGAAACCACCUCUAAUUUCUAAGGAUCAUGAAAGGGCAUACUUCGAUUCGGCUGAUUGGGCACUUGGAAAGCAAGGUGCUGAUAAACCUAAAGGACCGCUUGAAGCUCUUCGACCCAAAUUACAGCCUACACAACAGCAGACACAGCAGACACGGUACAGGAAAUCAGCAUAUGCUCCAUCAGAUGGUGAAGAUGCAGGAAGUGCUCCAGCCGAAGAUUCAACUGCUAAUGAUUGAGGAAUUCUUAUCAGCAUUUCUGUUCUCGUGAGAAAUUCUGAUUGUUAUUUUAAGACCUAAACAGGUGAUGAUGAGUCAUUUUCUGUUGUUUCCACAGAAAUAAAGUUUGGAUAUUGCCUAAAUAGAAAAAAAAUGGUCAUUUUCAUGAGUUGAGUGUAUGAAUUCUGUAACGGUAGCACACUAUAAUUCAAACACCUUUAUCAGUCUCACGAAAUGCAGUGAGGCCAGAUCGGUUCAUCGUCA